AGCCAUUAACGUCAAUUAAUUUAUCGGUAUAUACUCGAAACAUUUGUCGUAAAUUUUUACUUAAUGGCUGUUUCACCAAUAAUGCGGAUACCGUGUAAAGCAGCGGAAUUAUCAUUGGAUAUUUCGCUCAACUGCGGUCAAAGUUUCAGAUGGAAAAAACGACCCAGCGGAGAAUGGGCAGGUGUUAUGGCAGGAUAUCUUUGGCUAAUGAAUCAGGAUGAGGCUGGCUUGAAUUACCGUGUUGUGAAACCUGUCAUUAAAGCUGAACCGUCACAGUCAGAAUCCUUGCUAGUCAAAAAGGCAGAUGUGAAGGAAUGUAUUGAUUAUGAGCACAUGGUGAAAGAUUACUUUCAGUUGGAUAUUGAUUUAGAAAGUCUCUACAGGCAGUGGUCUCUAGCAGAUGCAAAUUUUGAUAAGGUAGCCAAGAAUUUCGCAGGGGUUCGCAUGCUGAAACAAGAUCCCGUGGAGAAUUUGUUUGCCUUCAUUUGCUCAUCCAACAACAAUAUUCAAAGGAUAACGGGUAUGGUAGAAAAGCUGUGCGAGACGUACGGAAACCAUCUGCUGACGUACGAGGACGCGUCGUAUUAUACAUUUCCAUCAAUUGAAUCGCUAGCCGAAGAGAAAGUCGAAUCCAAAUUGCGAACACUUGGCUUUGGUUAUCGAGCCAAGUUCAUUCAACAAUCGGCAGCCAAGAUAAUCAAAAACGGUGGACGGGAUUGGCUGUUGAAUUUGAGAAAAGUUUCGUAUCUGGAAGCGAAAUCGUGCUUGAUGACUCUACCAGGUAUAGGCGCCAAGGUGGCGGAUUGUAUCUGUUUGAUGUCGCUGAAUCACAGUGUUGCCAUCCCCGUUGACACGCACGUCUUCCAGAUAGCAAAAGCUAGCUACGUGCCGCACCUGAGUCAGACGAAGAGUGUGACGGAUAGGGUCUACAAUGAGAUCAGCGCUCACUUCCAAGCCCUGUUUGGGCCAUACGCUGGAUGGGCUCAUUCGGUUCUUUUCAGUGCCGAUUUGCGUCAUCUGAAAGCUGGAGCGUCACCGCCCGUCGGCCAGAAAAGAAACGCUCCCGACGUGACCAAAGAGAAGCCGACCGCUGGCCGUGCGCAAAGAAAGAAGAUGAAAUGACGAUCGUUUUCAAAGAGACGUUUGUGUUUUCUACAUGAUGUUUUGCGUGUCAUAAAAUUAAGUAUUUUGUCAAAAGGAAAUUGGCUUUGAUUGAUGAUGC